AUGACCGAAUACAAACUCGUGGUGGUUGGUGAUGGCGGUGUAGGCAAAUCAGCCUUAACCAUUCAACUCAUUCAGAAUCACUUUGUGGAAGAAUAUGAUCCAACAAUUGAAGAUUCCUAUCGGAAACAGGUCGUUGUCAUUGAUGGUGAGACGUGUUUACUGGAUAUAUUAGACACAGCUGGACAAGAAGAAUACAGUGCAAUGCGAGACCAGUACAUGAGGACUGGUGAAGGUUUUUUGCUAGUGUUUGCUGUUAAUGAAGCAAAGAGUUUUGAGAAUGUCACUCAAUACCGAGAUCAAAUUCGAAGAGUCAAAGAUAGCGAUGAGGUACCUAUGGUUCUCGUGGGUAAUAAGUGUGAUUUGGCGCAAAGAACUGUAGACUCUCGUGCUAUAUUAGACGCGUCUCGUUCACUGGGAAUGCCUACCGUCGAAACUUCUGCCAAAACACGUAUGGGUGUAGAUGAUGCUUUUUAUACGCUAGUGAGAGAAAUACGUAAGCAUAAAGGAAAGCAAUGUAUCAAACCGCGAAAGAAACGCAAAUGCAUAAUUAUUUGA